AUGCUGUGCAGUCCCAAGCUGGGCGACGUGGCCCAGGGCAGGAAGCUGCUGAAGAGCGUGGCCAGGGUGGUGUUUCACGACCGGCGGCUGCAGUACACGGAGCACCAGCAGCUGGAGGGAUGGAGGUGGAACCGCCCAGGCGACCGCAUCCUGGACAUUGGUGAGCCCGGGGGUGGGCCGCUGCCAUCCUGGACAUUGGUUCACUGCAUCAGCACCGAGUUCACGCUGCGCAAGGACGGGGGGGAGAAAGGCGUCCCCUUCCGCAUCCAGAUCGACACCUACAAGGCCGGCGAGCCCGCGGAGCACCUGCACUCGGCCAGCUGCCUCGUCAAAGUCUUCAAGCCUAAAGGAGCAGACAGGAAACAAAAAACUGACCGGGAGAAAAUCGAGAAGCAGUCGCCCCAGGAGCGAGAGAAGUACCAGCCAUCCUACGACAGCACGGUGCUGACAGAGGUGCUCAGUCCUUGUGCCUCCAUCCUGGAGACCCAGCAGUGGCUGCACAGGAACCGUUUCUCCAGCUACAGCAGGAUGCUGGCUAAUUUCACAGGAGCCGACCUGCUGAAGCUGUCCCGCAGCGACCUCAUCCAGAUCUGUGGCGCCGCAGAUGGAAUCCGGCUCUCCAAUGCGCUGAAAGCCAGGUGCGUCCGCCCUCGGCUCACCCUCUAUGUAUCCAGGGAGCCCCAAGCCACCGGCAGAGAGAGCCCCGAGGACUCUCGCCCAGCCACGUACCAGGAGGUCUACCUGGAAGAGCUCACGGCUGCGGAACUGACCAAUAAACUGGCCGAGCUGCUCAGCCUCCCGGCCAACCAGAUCCAGCAGCUUUCCAAGCAGGGACCGACCGGGAUUCAGAUUAUCAUCAGUGACCUGAUGGUCAGGAACCUGCCAGAUGAAUCCUGUUUCAUAGCAGCUGUUACCAAAGGCCAGACUCCAGAAGGCUACCACCUAAUUUUGAGAUAGGACAGGACGGCGCCGAGCUGUGCAAUGCGAAAAGUGAUGCCAAAUCGCUGUCCGGAGCCAGGGGAGGUGUUUCCCCACAAAGCAGCGGGUGAAGAGGAAGCUUUCCCAGAGAGGCAGACCCGCCGCAGGGCUGGAGUGGACGUAGGCCAAGACAGCCCUGGCGUGAGACAUGCCCACGCGCCACUUUCUGAACACACGGUCCGCUUAGACUGCACGCGUUACGUUUACACCGCUGCUCCACGGUGGCACUGACAUGCCCCAGCCAGCGGGCUCCGGCCCACAGGGGCGUGGGUUCAAAUCCAGCCUAAGUCAGGAAGGAGAUCCUGCCACCCGGAGGCCUCUAUGUCAUGAGGCUGGUGGGGGUGUGUGGGGGUAAAUAUGUGCACAGAGGACUUCUGGGCAGAAUUUCCAAAGCACCCAACUCCCAGUAAGCUGGGCACCCAAACCCCUUGGGAGGCGUGGCAAAUCCCUGCCUGCCCAGCUGCCCCGUUGCAGACCUGCUGUGGAAGUGAAAGCAAACCUCAGGCAGAGGCCUGCAGAUGCCUUUUAUCAUCGUCUCACCUGCCUGAGUGUGAACACGGGACCCAGCUGCCAUGUUUCGAUCUCUAGUUCCAUGUGGGUGUUGUAUUGUCCGAUCCCUUUUCUAUUAAAACCAGCAG